AUGCCUCCGAGACAGGGCCCAACCAAUGCUCAGCUUGCUCAAGUCAUGGCCCAGCUGGCUCAGGUAGUGACCCAGCAGGCUAACAUGACUGCUGCACAGGCUCAGCGAGAUGUUGAGGAGCAUGCUAGGAGAGCUCAGACGGCUGAAAGGGAUCAGGCACAGGAUCUGAUCAGAAUGAGAACUGACUUUAACCGACAUGGUCCGCCUAAGUUUGCUGGUGAGGUGGAACAUGAGAAAGCUGAUUUGUGGAUCCAAGAGAUGGAAAAGAUUUUUGAAGCUCCGCAUACUCCAGAGGGGGAGAAAGUGAACUUGGCUACCUUCAUGCUGAAGGGUGAUGCUGAGUACUGGUGGAGGAGUGCCAGACAAUUGAUGACUGCUAACCAGGUGGUUAUCACUUGGGAUUCCUUCAAGACUGCAUUCAUGAAUAAGUACUUCCCUGAGACUGCUAGGGAAGAGAUGGAGAACAAGUUCCUUGGGCUGAGGCAGGGAGCUAUGACAGUGGGUGAGUAUGCUGCUAAGUUGGAGACUUUGUCCAAGAACUUUCGCUUCUUCCAAGCGCAAGUGGAUGAACCUUAUCUGUGCAAUAGGUUCAUGAGGGGAUUGAGGAAUGAGAUUGAGAAAUCUAUGAGGCCUCUGGGAAUUAUAGUUUUCCAACGGCAGGUUGAGAAAGCUCGGGAGGUAGAGGCUAUGGAGAACCGACAGAGGGGUCAAUCUGAAAGUGGAGGACCAAUCCGUUCUGGGCAGAAACAAGCUGGGAGGUUUGAUAAGGGCAAGGCACUACCGUGA